AUGUUGUUAGUUCACCCCAGCAACAGAGGAGGUGGCAUGCUGUCUUGGUAUGACUGCCAUGAGAAAGGAUCCAGAAUCUUGGCAUGUGGGCCAGAUCUGUCGAAGAUCCAAGAAUCUGUGGCCAUAGAAUUGGCCACUGAUGCUAGCAAGAGGCAAAGCCAGCUCCAAGCCAACAAGGACCUUGUGAAUGCCAGUGCAGGCCAGCUUGCCAAUGUCAGUGGCCAAGAAAGGUACCUGUCACUGGGGUCCAGCCACCUUAGCCAGUUUUGCAAAGCUGUUUUCCACAAUGCCAACACAGAACACCAGGAGCUCAUGGCCAUGUGCAAUGGAACCAUGUCCAUAGAAGCACUCACACAAGGCCAACCAGCCACAGUGUUCCAGAAGAUGUGCACCACUGGGUGGAAAUGGAGCAUUCUCCAAGCCUGUGUGGAGGAUUGCUUCCCAGACCUUCCAUGCAUGGUGCAACAGGCCUUGAAUGCCAGCCAUGGUGUGGCCAUGGGAAGCAAUGAGGUGGAGGUAAUGACCCAUGUGGCAGCCAGCAGAUGCUUUUCCACAAGCUUGGCCAUUGGAGAGGAAUUCAUGGUGGCCACUGCCUACUUGGACUUCAAGGAUGCCACCACCACCUUUCCAUGGAUCAGAGCAGGGGCUUUGGCAGUGAACUUGUCCAGCCCCAUUUGCAAGGACGGAAUGGGGAAGCUGCUGGUGAAAAGCGAUUUGGAAAAGCUCAAGCAACAAACCCAAAGGCCCCAGCUCCUCAUUGCAGAGAAAGCAUUGCAAGUGAACUAUGAGCUUCUCCAGAAGGAGACUUCUGACCCUACCAAGAUUGCCAUGGACAGGUUUGGCAUGGAGCUGAACAGCUUCUACAAGAAGAAGGGUGAAGAUGAAGUUUGGACACUUGUGAAAGUGGACAAAAACCAUGCCCACUUUGAGCACUCUCCCUUGUUCCAAGCUCCAGGGUCAGGCCCACAAGGGCUGAAAGUGCUCCAUGCUGACCUUAAGGACUGGAAGAAAGCCAUUGGCAAGCCACCAAGGCUACUGACUGCCCAAGAGCUCCAGUCUUUGCUGCCAGAGAACAACAUUGCUUUGGACUUGGAAGCUACCAAGGCACAAGCUCAAACAGCUUUGGUUGCCCACUACAAACAGGAAGCCACAGGGGAUGGCAUUGCUUUUGCUGCUGGUGUGCAUGGAGCCUUUGCCAACCAAACCUUUGCCAAAGGCAAGCUGAAACCGUUCCCAGUGGGCACUUUGUCCUUUGUGAAAGGGGAAGCAGUCAAGGCAAGCAUGUGCAUCAUGCAAGGGCCCACAAGCCAGUUCCAGAUCAUGGCACCAAAGGUGGAUUUAGAGAAAUGUAAGGGCAUUGCAGUUCCUUACUUCCAUGUUGGCCACACUUUGGAGCCCACAGAAGUGAACAUGGAGAAGGCAUCUUUCAAGCUGCAGGGAUACACCAUCCCAUACUGGAGGAACACUCAGAAGGUUGACCAAGGGAAAAACAGCAGCUUAUCCCAGUCUGAACUGCUGAAGCAACUCAAGGAGAAGAGGGAUGCCACAGUGGAGGCAAUUUUGAAAGGGCAGGGAGAAGACCCACCAAGUGAAGAAGCCAUGGGCAUGAAGAGCAAAGCUGCCAACAAAAACACCAAGAAGAUGCAGGAUGACAUGAUUGUAGACAUUGACAUUUCUGGUUCCACAGUCUCUGUGCUGGUGCCCAAGCUGAGGUACAAACUAUGUGACUUCCAAGUUGAAUUGGUUGCAGAGCAGUUGACAACAGUGUUCCAGUUCUUGGAAGAAGACUGGGCAUCUUUGAAAGCACCAGAGAAAGCACCCAGGAAGAGAAAGGCAGCAGGAGCACAGCCACCUCUAAGAGCUGACACUUAG